AUAUGGAGACUCUUACCAUCCACAGACACUGAUCGUGCAACUUUACUGAGCCGACUGAACGGGUUGCGCGCUUUCAUGGCUACUCUCCUGUCACAUUAACAACUCCAAACAUGUCCAAAAGCCUGAAGAAGAAAAGUCACUGGACUAACAGAGUCCACGAGGUCGUGUUAUCCAGGGGUCCGAGUGGUGAUCUUGGGUUCGAGCUGCAGGGAGGCGCGGAGAACGGACAGUUCCCCGUUCUUGGAGACGUGAAACCGGACAGGGGCAAACUGCACCAGGACGAGCUACUUCUGGAGGUCAAUGAUACUCCAGUGGCUGGACUGACCAUCAGGGAUGUGUGGGCUGUGGUCAGACACUGCAAAGACCCUGUCCGCCUUAAGUGUGUCAAACAAGGAGGUGUUGUGGAUAAAGAUCUCAGGCAAUAUCUCAACCUGCGUUUCCAGAAGGGCUCUUUGGACCAUGAGCUGCAACAAAUAAUUCGGGACAACCUUUAUCUUCGUACAGUACCUUGUACAACCAGGCAGCCUAAAGAAGGAGAGGUUCCAGGAGUGGACUACAAUUUUGUGACCAUUGAGCGGUUUGUGGAAUUGGAGAGAAGUGGAGCUUUGCUGGAAAGUGGAACUUAUGAAGAUAACUAUUACGGCACCCCGAAGCCCCCGGCAGAGCCCAGCCCACUGCUGCUGAAUGUAGCUGAGCAGCUGUUGCCAGGCGCUACACCCAGAUCCCAGGGCAAACGCAGACGUAACAAGUCCGUCAGCAACAUGGAGAAGGCUGGCAUUGAGCCGCCCGAGGAGGAAGAGGAGGAGAGGCCUGUCAUCAACGGCAACGGAGUGGCCAUCACCCCAGAGUCAAGUGAACAUGAAGACAAGAGUACGGAUGCCUCAGGAGAGAUGCCCACCACAUGCCCCUCCGAAACCUCCACAGAUGCCCCUAAAGAAGAGACAGAACCACCAAAAUCACCUCUCAAACCAGACGAGAAUGACGAGUUGGGUCCUCUGCCAGAUAAUUGGGAGAUGGCUUACACUGAGAAAGGAGAAGUGUACUUCAUAGACCACAAUACGAAGACGACGUCCUGGUUGGACCCCCGGCUUGCGAAGAAAGCGAAGCCCCCUGAAGAAUGCAAAGAGAAUGAGCUUCCUUAUGGCUGGGAGAAAAUCGAUGACCCUGUUUAUGGAACCUACUAUGUUGAUCACAUAAACCGAAGGACUCAGUUUGAGAAUCCAGUUCUAGAGGCCAAGAGAAGAUUGCAACAGCAGCAGCAGAUGCAGAGCCAGGGCUUGUCCUCUCUCCCCCUACCUACAGUCUACAGAGAAAAGCCUCUGUUCACACGGGACCCCACUCAGCUGAAGGGCAGCUUUCUGUCUUCAGCCCUGCAGAAAAGCAACAUGGGAUUUGGCUUCACUAUCAUCGGGGGUGACGAACCAGAUGAGUUCCUACAGGUCAAAAGUGUCAUACCGGACGGACCUGCUGCACAGGAUGGUAAAAUGGCUACAGGAGACGUGAUUGUCUACAUUAAUAAUGUCUGCGUCCUGGGCACCACCCACACUGACGUUGUGAAGCUUUUCCAGUCGGUGCCAAUCGGACAAAGCGUAACCCUCGUCCUUUGCAGGGGUUACCCUCUUCCGUACGACCCGGAGGACGCAGCCAGCACUUUGCUGUCCCCCCUCAGCCUAAUUGAUCGCCCUCUGCUGGUCAACGGACGGAAUAGCUACGACAGCUACAUGGAGUACAUCUCCCGCACUGCUCGCUUCGUCGACCCAAUGCAAGUGAUGUUGGCGCAGCCCCACCCUGGAGACACCCACCUGGAUGCAGGACCGCUGGAGGACAGCGUCUCAAUGGCGUCUUCAGGAGCGGCCGGAGGAGAGCUGUUAACAGUUACCAUGGUGAAAGGGGCGGAUGGGUUUGGAUUCACCAUAGCAGACUGUAAUGGAGGACAGCGUGUGAAGCAGAUUCUGGAGGCGCAGGGAUGCCCGGGGCUGUGCGAGGGCGAUCUGAUUGUGGAAAUUAACCAGCAAUCCGCGCUAACGCUAUCACACACACAGGUGGUGGAGCUGCUAAAAGAGUGUCCUGUUAGGGCGGAGGCCACGCUGGUUGUGCAGAGAGGAGGGACAGGUCACUUUUCACCUUGGAAGACCUCUAAACAGGUCUUGGAACAUUGGGAUCCUCACAGCAGUCCCACAGCCAGUCUAUCUAUCCAUGCUCUCCCUCACAGCGCUCCAUAUCUGCACUGGCCUUCAGGUCCAGAGUUUGACCUGACCAAACCUGACCCCUAUGACCUCUAUGAGAAGUCCAGGGCUAUCUAUGAGAAUAGGCGUGAACCCUGUCCAGAGAACGGCCGCAGCCCUGGAUCGACCCAGCACAGUUCCCCCAGGAGUGACUUCAACUCUAGAAUGUUCUGUAACAACUCCGCCCCCUCUCAAAACUCCGCCCCAUCUACCACAGGCUCCUCCCCACCAGACACUGUAGCCAAUCAGAAUCUGCAGCCUAGUGAUGUCACCAUCCAGCGCAAGGAGAGCGAAGGGUUCGGAUUCGUUAUUAUCAGUUCUCUGAACAGGCCUGAAACCGCGGCUGCUGCUGCCGUGCCUCAUAAGAUCGGCCGGAUCAUUGAGGGAAGUCCAGCAGACCACUGUGGGAAGCUCAAGGUUGGAGAUCGCAUAUUGGCCGUCAACAAUCAGUCUAUCGUCAACAUGCCGCAUGCAGACAUCGUCAAACUGAUCAAGGACGCGGGACUCAGCGUCACACUCAGGAUCAUCCCUCAGGAGGAGACGAACAGCACGCCUUCUGCAGGCAGCUCAGAGAAGCAGAGCCCUAUGGCCCAGCCCAGUCCAGUUUGCCAACCCAGCACUGUGAACCAGACCAGUGCUGCACCUCCACCUAACUCCACCCCUCAACCCAACUCUGCACCUCAAACCAGCUCCAUAACGCAGCCUACUUCAGAAGCACAACCGAGCCCUGUCACUCAAACCAGCCCAGCCAAUCAGCCCAGCUCAGUGACCCAACAGAAACCACCCACCCAGCCCUCCGCAGUGCCAGUAAAGAUCUACAGCCAUGACAGCAGCUACAGGUCAGAGGUAAAAGCAAGACAGGAUGUAAAACCCGAUAUUCGACAGCCGUUCACUGAUUACCGCCAACCCCCAGUGGACUACCGACACCCUCCUGUAGCAGAUUAUCGACAGCCACCAACGCUCGAUUACAGACACCCCCCACUGCUGGACUACAGGCAGCUGUCCACUGACCCUCGCACCUUCCCCUUACCGGACUACAGGAUGCCACAGGAUUUUGAUUUCUUCACGGUUGAGCUGGAAAAGGGUAUGAAAGGUUUUGGCUUUAGUAUCCGUGGAGGCCGCGAGUAUAAGAUGGAUCUGUUCGUUCUGCGAUUGGCUGAAGACGGACCAGCAAUACGCAAUGGAAGAAUGAGGGUUGGUGAUCAGAUCAUUGAAAUAAAUGGGGAGAGCACGAGGGAUAUGACCCAUGCUCGGGCCAUUGAGCUCAUCAAAUCGGGUGGCCGUAGAGUUCGCCUGCUGCUCAAGAGAGGCACAGGGCAGGUCCCUGAAUAUGCAGAUAGUCCCGCCCCCUGGGAUGCUCACACUACAGCCUCCCCAAGUCUGUCGGAAGUAGCACCACCCCUCGACAGCUUAUCUAAUCCAUCAGCUUCUUCUCAUGUGAACCCACCCACUGACCCACCUCAUACAUCGUCCUUGGAAGCAGCAGGUCUAGACUGUUCCCAGGGUCCUAGAGACCCAGAGAGUAGGGCUCUGGAGCAGGCCAGUGUGGGGAAGAGGUCAGCCCUGGCAGGUGGAGUUGGGGGUGGGACCAAGCAGAGGGAGGGCAGCAGGACCAACCGUCACUCUAUUGGAGGGAAGAGUCAGCAACAAUACCUUGAUGAAUUUGCGGGAGAGCCCAAAUCCCACAAAGGCAGCCAGGCGAAGUCCAAGGAGUGCAGGAGGGAGUGGAGCAAUACACCGUCUCGAAAGCGAGACUCGCCCAAAACUUCUCCAAAUGACACCAACAUGAAUGGGGGAAAUGGAUGCCUGGAUGGUAGCAACAACCAACAAGGAGCUCUGGUGCCAUUCAAAGCCCAACCAAAGGAACCAGAGAAAGGGCAAAUGAGCCAAGAGAGUCGUCCCAGCCACAACUCCAAGACCAGCAGCAGUGCAUCAGGCAGGAAGGCCACAGUAUCCCCAGGGCCCUGGAAGAUCCCUGGUUCAGACAAGCUACCCAGUACCCUGCGCUCUGCCACCUCCACCAUCAGCAGAUAACAUCUUAUCACAAUCUCAGGCCCAAGUUUAGACCUUACUUUUGGCUUUGACUUCUUUUGGCCAAAUUUUGGACCAACCUUUGGCUAUGAUCCGCCUUGUUUUGGGACUGGACGGGCUCUUCUUGAUUGCUUUACACAGGCUUGCUCUACUUGAAAGAGAUCGGUUUUAACCUUGACUAGGUACCACCCUCCCACAAUCCUCACUAAAUAACUUUCCAUGCAUUUCUAGACAGAGCAUUUUUUAUUUAUAUUUUAUUCUAAGUUAUUUUAACAGAUAUGACACCCACCACCUUAAGAACUGGAAGCAUUCACUCCAAAAAUGGAACCACGGUAGAAUGAGUGAUGCAUGUAGCGUGCAAAAAGAUUCUCAGACUUGUUUGAACUGUUGGGGAAAAGCACUCAAGGCUCAGAUAUGUACAUGCAUAGAGAACCACUUACUGAGUCUGAACCACCUCUGGUGGCUACAGCAAUUUUUAUACACUUUCAUUAAAAAAAUGAAGAAUACUGAAGGAGUUGCCUGACAUACAGUUUUUGUGUAUUUGAAGAAUGAAUAUGAUUAAAAAGAUCCUAUAUGAGUGGACACUCGACUAUGAACUCUGCCUUAAAGACUGACCUGCAGAUGUCUGUAUAAGGGUCGGUAAAAUUAAUAUAGAUAUAGAUAUAUUAUAUGACUACAUGUAUGUGAGACAUAUUGUAAAUAUGGUCUUUACACACCAUUGUGAGCCCAUACUGGAGUACUGAUAUCAUACACAGUGUAAGUUAGAUGAGUGUAAUCUAGAAUUCAUUCCUACACCACUUUAAGGUUCGUUCCCACUGACAUUGAUAUAAACUUGAGUGGUUGCUCAUAGGUGUUCCUACUCAACUUCAAUACAGAACUGUAACAGGAAACGGAUCACAUGGGCUUCACUGUCUACACUGACAUUGGUAGUUGCUGCAGCCUCAAGUUGUCUCUUAAAAUCGCAAACUCUCAUUGAUGAUUUAUGACUACCAGUUGCUGCAAAUUGCUGUCAGUGUGAGUACCCAAUUUCUGAAUGGGCCAAUGGGCUUUGACCUUCUCUUGACUCUCAAUCUAUUCUCCCUUUACGUGAGUACAUGAACAAAGCAAUUUGAGUCCAAGAUGGUUUCGAUGAAAUGGUUUGAUUAGGGCAGAGUGCCUUAUGCCAGGGGUGUCCAAUCUUGCUCCUGGAGGGCCACUGUCCUGUAGAGCUUAGCUCCAAUACUAAUUAUAUACACCUGAACCAGCUAAUCAAGGUCUUCGGGAUUACUAGAAACAUCCAGGCAAGUGUGUUGGGGCAGGUUGGAGAUCAACUCUGCAGUACAUUGGCCCUCCAGGAGCAGGAGUGGACACCCCUGCCUUAUGCUGACCACUUGAUGCUUUAUUUGAGCUCUAAAUCCUAGGCAAUGACAUCAAGACAAAGAAAAACUUAGGCUGCUAUAAAUUCAUUGGACUACUUGUUCCGUAGAAACUGUGCAAAAGUAAUGCCAGAUCUGAAUAAGUAUGCCGUUACAUCCGUGUCUCUGAAUGCUGAUUGGUGUCUAGAGAGACCAGUUUAUGUCCACAGUAUAGAUAUAUCAAUAUAAAAUUCAAAGCUAUUUUCGUACAUAGAAAUAGAGGUGAGAGUCUUCUAAAAGAAGUGCAGAUAUUUAUUAAUGAUAUCUUUGACAGGAGUUCAAAUGUUUGUUGAGCACUUUGUCUUUAAGUAGACGUGUACAUAUAAAAUGCAGUACUGGAAAGAGUAUAUGCUGGAAAGUUAAUUCUAAAAAUCCUGCUAUGAAACUAUGUUUAUUAGCAUAUUCCCCAUAUAAAAGGUUGUGUGUUGGUAAGUCUCUAGUUCACAUGGUUCAUGUCAGGGCUUCAACACUCCUCUCCACACAAGCGCCAUGCUUGUUGUGAAAACGUUGUGCUUGUUGCACCCUUCACAAAAGGGUGAUUUUAACAAGCUUGCUAAUAGCAAAUUCUGAAAGUACAUGAAAGAGGUAAUGUAUGCUAUUGUCAUGCAAUGUUUUUUUUCCUCAGAAUGUCAUUAUCCAUCUUGUGCUGUAUUUUGAUGUAUCUACAUAGACACAGUCUAUCAGCCUCUACUAGCUAGUAUGCUAAGAUGUUAGCUUGCUAAUCAAAGGCUAACUGAAAACACAAAGAACCAAUUAAAAGGUCUCAGCUUAUGGAAUUUCUUUGACAUUUAUUUGGUUAUGCUUUGAAAAGGCCAAAGUAAAUGAGGUCAAAGUUGAAAUAGUUUGAACUUUAAGUGUCAUGUUAAACAUCUGUGUGCCACACCCCUUACAAAAAUUAACCA